AUGAACGGAAGUCAACCCCGUGCAAAUUCUAUUUACGCUCUGAAUGAGACAUUGGACCAAUUGCGAAAAGAAGCUGAUGUACUGCGUGACAGUGUUCUGGCUAAAGAGGAGGAAUUAGCAAAUAUGAAAGGAAGAUGUGCUCAGUUUGAACAAUUGUCCAAAGAUAUCCAGUUUUCAAUGGAUCGCGAGUUAUCAGAAAAAUCUGCCGAAAUAGAGAGGCUUCUGUCUUUCACAUCUCAAUUAGAAGCGGCCUCUGCCGCAAAAGAAUCCUCCUUAAGUGGGGAGAUUUCUGCUUUGAAAAGGUCAAUAGAGGCAGUUCAAUCGGAGUUGGAUGAACAAUUGCGGCUCUCUGCCGAGGCUGCUAAGACGGCAGAAGAGCUCACCUCCGCUAACAUGGGCAAGUGUCUCAACACAGAGAGUGACCUGGACUUUGAACGAGAUCGUGCGCUGGAAAACAAACGCCGGUUUGAUGAGGCGCUUUCAGCAAUGCAUGAAUUAGGGAGAGCUAAUCAAUCACUGCAGGUCAGCGUUGCCAAUAAAGUAAUUUAAAA